UAUAAUCUCCCAUCCCACGUUCGCACAUGAAAAACAAAUCUGAGCUUUACGCACAGUUUUAAAUAAGUUUCCAAUUCCAAGUUAGUGGGUUUGCUGAUUUUCUCAGCCCUUUAAUUUAAACGCUUCUCUUUGAAGAGACAACUUUUCUUUCUUUCUAAACCUCUCCUUUUCUUUCAGAUUCAUCUUUUCUUUCCCCAUUUGACUUCCCUUUUGGCGGCUUUUCUUAGACGAUAAUGCCACUGGAUUCCUCUUCUGAACAAGACCAGGACGAUUCUGAUUCUGAGUUCGUUGAAGUUGAUCCCACUGGUCGUUACGGUCGGUAUAAAGAGGUUUUAGGAAGAGGGGCUUUCAAAAAAGUAUAUAGAGCAUUUGACGAAUUGGAAGGAAUUGAAGUAGCAUGGAAUCAGGUUAAGGUUGCUGAUCUAUUACGUAAUUCUGAGGAUUUGGACCGUCUUUAUUCAGAAGUUCGUUUGCUUAAGACUUUGAAACACAAGAAUAUUAUUAAAUUUUAUAAUUCCUGGGUUGAUGCUAAAAAUGAGAGUAUCAAUUUUAUUACUGAGAUUUUCACUUCCGGAAAUCUGCGCCAGUAUAGAAAGAAACAUAAACAUGUUGAUCUAAGGGCAUUGAAGAAGUGGUCUAGGCAGAUUUUAGAAGGUCUUUCUUAUCUUCACAGUCAUGACCCGCCAAUUAUUCAUCGAGAUCUCAAGUGUGAUAAUAUUUUUGUGAAUGGAAAUCAAGGUGAAGUGAAAAUUGGUGAUUUGGGACUAGCUGCCAUCCUUCAACAGGCACGUUCGGCUCAUAGUGUUAUUGGCACGCCAGAAUUUAUGGCGCCAGAGCUCUAUGAGGAGGAAUACAAUGAACUUGUGGAUAUAUAUGCCUUUGGCAUGUGCUUGCUGGAGUUAGUGACCUUUGAGUACCCAUAUUUUGAAUGCACCAAUGCUGCUCAAAUAUAUAAGAAAGUGACAUCAGGAAUAAAGCCAGCAUCAUUGGUAAAAGUGACAGAUCCCGGUGUUCGAGCAUUUAUAGAAAAAUGCAUUGCAGAAGUCUCUGACCGGUUACCUGCCAAGGAACUUUUGGGAGAUCCCUUUCUCCAACCAGAUGAGGAAAAUGAGAGUACAGGUCGUUCUUUACAAGCCAAAAUUCAUCAUUCAGCUGGGAGUUCUAGUCAGGUAAAAGUUGGUGGAAAUGCCCAUUAUCCUCCGGCUGAGACAAGUAGGGACUUUACAGUGCAAGGUCACAGGAGGGACAAUUACACUAUUUUUCUUAAACUGCGAAUAGCAGAUUUCACAGGUCAUUUUCGCAAUAUUCACUUCCCAUUUGAUAUUGCAGCAGACACAGCAAAUUCUGUUGCUAGUGAAAUGGUUAAUGAGUUGAAUCUGACAGAUCAAGAUGUCUCAACAAUUGCUGCAAUGAUCGAGUCAGAAAUUCGGACUCAUAUUCCAGAUUGGGAACCUAGAGAAGUUUCUGGGGAUAGUCUUUCUGAAGAGGUUGCAAAUUUUGACAGAUGUUCCCUUAAAACCAAGGAUGACACUUCUCCUGUGACAAAUGAGCCAAUCCCGUCUUUUGGUGGCCUUCGAUUGGAGAGAUUGCCAUCAGGUCAUAAGUACUGGUCUGACUCGCCCAAGGCAGUGAGUAAAAACUCUCAAGGCAUGUCUGUUACAUUAAACCUGCCAUAUUUGGCUGUCAACCAUGAAGAAAGAUUGACUGAAAAUGAUGAAAGAACUCCUAAUAGCAAAAGAGAUGGUCACAGUCCAAAUGGUGAUGCAUCGCUUGAACAGCUGGAGGUUGAAAUUUUGUCUUGCAAAAAUGAGAAUGUUGAAGAAAAAGAAGAUGGUGGGAUCUCUGAUUUGCAAUCAGAAGAUGUCAAGAAAAUUGUUGAGGGACUCAAGCAUCUACUGCUAAAGCAGCAAAAGGAGGUAGACGAGUUAAAGAGGAAGCAUGAGUUAGCUGUAUCAGAGUUUCUGAAGGAACUCUCCAGAGAAAUUCGUCAAAAGGUUUUAGAUGAAUGUCAGCUGAAGAUUCCUGAAUAUAGGCUGGACUGUGAGACACUGUUACAUUGAACCAAUUUGCAAAUGCUAGCCCUGUUGUAUCAUUGGAAGUGUUUCCGUCGCACGUCUGUUACUUGGAAAUAAAUGGUAAUAUCAUACAUCUUAUAUAAACACUGAAGGUAUUUCAGGAAGCUCAAACAUUUUUACUCAUGACAAUUAAGUUUGGCAGUAUGAGUAGCAGUACCUGGUGCCUUGAGAACAGGUUCUACUAAAGAGGAAUAUAUGCUUGGAACGCCAAUUUAUAGCCUGGUUCGAACAUUGUUGAAAAAGAAACCCAGCUUGUCUUUGAGAGUUGACUUGUUGAAUGUCAAAAGAACCACACCUAAUUUUAUUUUCCACGAAUCUGCAGUGCUGCUGGGGGGUGAGAUUGCUCUGGACUUUUGUGUAGUAAGGUGAGUUAAGAAUUAUUGUACACUUGUACAUAUAGUUUAUACGCAAGUCUAGCCGUUUCAGAUUACUGUCAGUUGAAAUGCAAACGUGUUUCAAUUUUUGGGUGACUCGUUUGUGUUGUGAUAAGGAUGAAGAUUCACUGAAAGUUAAAUUGUUUUUGUUGCAUGCUUGCCGAAUGUCUGUUUGGCAGUUAUGUUGUUCAUAAUAAAAUGGAAUAAUUGGUUCAGAGUAA